GUUCUGAUUAUUUUACGCUCUCCCACGUUGAGAGGGUUAUCUAGAGGAGGUAUAGCACCUGUGAUGGACUUCUGCUGAGCGCCGAUGUGAGUGCUGAGCUCCUGACCCCGCAACUCUGCUGAAACCGACCUCUCGCGUGAGUUACGGACCGCUAGACGGCGCGAGAUUCCCAACUGCCAAUCACCGAAUGGCACAGCAAGGAGUUGUGAUGGAUGGGGUCAGGUUCUGCUGUUCAGUCUGUCUGGAUCUGAUGAGGGAUCCGGUGACGAUUCCCUGUGGACACAGCUACUGCAUGAACUGCAUCCAAAGGUUCUGGGACGAAGAGGAUUGUAAGAACAUCUACAGCUGUCCUCAGUGCAGACAGACUUUCAUCCCGAGGCCUGUCCUGGUGAAAACCACCAUGUUGGCAGAUUUAGUAGAGGUGCUGAAGAAGACUACACUACAGGCCGAGAAGCAGAAGGUUCUGGAGGCCAGGAGGCAGCAUAUCCAACAGAUAAUCCACGACGGUUACAAAGAGGUGAAGGUGCUUCAGCAGGAGGCAGAGACCAUCAGUCACUGUGCCGAUAAAGCAGUGGAAGACAGCGAGAAGGUUUUCGCUCAUCUGAGCCGUCUGAUUGAGAAAAGAAGCUCUGAGGUGAAGCAGCAGAUCAGAUCCCAGCAAAAAACUGAACUGAAUCGAGUCAAGCAGCUCCAGGAGAAGCUGGAGCAGGCCAUCGCUGACCUGAAGAGGAAAGACACUGAUCUGGAUCAACUCUCACACACACAAGAUCUCAACCAAUUUCUGCUAAAUUACUCCUGGGUGUCACAUCUUGGUGCGUCCACAGACUCACCCUACCAACGAAUCUGCCCUCUGAAGAUGUUUGAGGACGUGAUGGUGGGUGUGUUGAAGGUCAGAGAUAAGCUCCAGGACAUUCUGGCCGAUGACUGGCCCAAAGUUUCACAGAUGGUGAAUGAUGUGGGUGUUCUACUGCCACAAGGAGAACCACAGACCAGAGCAGGGUUCUUAAUGUACUCGGUUGACAUCACACUGGAUCCAGUCACGGCGCACAAAGAGCUGCUGUUAUCAGAGGACCACAGGAAAGCUACAAAUACCGCUCAGAAACAGCCGUAUUCUCAUCAUGCAGGCAGAUUUGUUGUCUGUAUGCAGGUCCUCAGUCGCCAGAGUCUGACUGGACGUUGUUACUGGGAGGUGGAGUGGAGUGGACGGGGUGCGUCCAUAGCAGUCACGUACGCCAGUAUUAAGAGAACAGGGAAUAAAAGUGGAUUUGGACACAAUGACAAAUCUUGGUCUUUAGAUUAUUACAAAAACACUUGUGAAUUUAUGCAUAGGAGCAUUAGAACCCCAGUCUCAGGUCCUGUGUCCUCUAGAGUUGGGAUAUACCUGGAUCACAGUGCCGGGAUUCUGUGCUUCUACGGUGUCUCUGCAACCAUGACUCUCCUCCACAGAGUCCAGACCAGAUUCACUCAGCCACUCCAUGCUGGACUUUUUGUUUAUGUUGGAAGCACUGCAGAGAUCUGUGAUCUGAAAUAGAUGAAUGUCACUGCAGAAACACAAUUCAGUUUUAACGCUGAAGACAGAGAACUUUAUUGAUCACUUGGGAAGACUCCCUCAGGGAAAUUGAGAUUCCAGUAGCAUUGCAUAGCAGCACACAGGAUAAGAAGCACACAGAUUAUCAAAAGUGAAAG